CGCGAACGGGAGAGGAGGAGGGCGCUCCAGGCGACAGCACUGCAGACGCCAUUAUCCUGUGUUUCUCUGCUGCACCGACCUCGUCGUCUAGCCCGUGUCCCACUUGUUUGCAGCCUAUAGGCUACUGCAGCGCUAGGGUGUCAGUUGCUCCCGCCCAGAACACUUCAGUUCUGCCCUGCAAGAAUAUAUAAUUGCAGAUUGGUGUGUCCUUUUAAUACAAGAAAAUGGAAACCGAACAGCCAGAGGAAACCUUCCCCAACACUGAAACAAAUGGUGAAUUUGGUAAACGCCCAGCAGAAGACAUGGAAGAGGAGCAAGCAUUUAAAAGAUCUAGGAACACUGAUGAGAUGGUUGAAUUACGCAUUCUGCUUCAGAGCAAGAAUGCUGGGGCAGUGAUUGGAAAAGGAGGCAAGAAUAUUAAGGCUCUGCGAACAGACUACAAUGCCAGUGUUUCAGUCCCAGACAGCAGUGGCCCCGAGCGCAUAUUGAGUAUCAGUGCUGAUAUUGAAACAAUUGGAGAAAUUCUGAAGAAAAUCAUCCCUACCUUGGAAGAGGGCCUGCAGUUGCCAUCACCCACUGCAACCAGCCAGCUCCCGCUCGAAUCUGAUGCUGUGGAAUGCUUAAAUUACCAACACUAUAAAGGAAGCGACUUCGACUGCGAGUUGAGACUGUUGAUUCAUCAGAGUUUGGCAGGAGGAAUUAUUGGGGUCAAAGGUGCUAAAAUCAAAGAACUUCGAGAGAACACUCAGACAACAAUCAAGCUUUUCCAGGAAUGCUGUCCUCAUUCCACUGACAGAGUCGUUCUUAUUGGAGGAAAGCCUGAUAGAGUUGUAGAGUGUAUAAAGAUCAUCCUUGAUCUUAUAUCUGAGUCUCCUAUCAAAGGACGUGCACAGCCUUAUGAUCCCAAUUUUUAUGAUGAAACCUAUGAUUAUGGUGGUUUUACCAUGAUGUUUGAUGACCGCCGUGGACGUCCUGUGGGAUUUCCCAUGCGGGGGAGAGGUGGUUUUGACAGAAUGCCUCCUGGUCGGGGUGGACGUCCCAUGCCUCCGUCUAGAAGAGAUUAUGAUGAUAUGAGCCCUCGUCGAGGACCUCCUCCUCCUCCUCCUGGACGAGGGGGCCGGGGCGGUAGCAGAGCUCGGAAUCUUCCUCUCCCUCCACCACCACCACCUAGAGGAGGAGAUUUAAUGGCUUACGACAGAAGAGGAAGACCUGGGGACCGUUACGAUGGCAUGGUUGGCUUCAGUGCUGAUGAAACUUGGGAUUCUGCAAUAGAUACAUGGAGCCCAUCCGAAUGGCAGAUGGCUUAUGAACCUCAGGGUGGCUCUGGAUAUGAUUAUUCCUAUGCAGGGGGUCGUGGAUCAUAUGGUGAUCUUGGUGGACCUAUUAUUACUACACAAGUAACUAUUCCCAAAGAUUUGGCUGGUUCUAUUAUUGGCAAAGGAGGUCAGCGAAUUAAACAAAUACGUCAUGAAUCAGGAGCUUCGAUCAAAAUUGAUGAGCCUUUAGAAGGCUCCGAAGAUCGGAUCAUUACCAUUACAGGAACACAGGACCAGAUACAGAAUGCACAGUAUUUACUGCAGAACAGUGUGAAGCAGUAUGCAGAUGUUGAAGGAUUCUAAUGCAAGAUAUUUUUUCUUUUUUAUAGUGUGAAGCAGUAUU